AGCGCGAUACAGAGGGACAGUUUGGUGAUUGCGAGCGACGACUAAUUGUUACGAUGAAAUGGGCUACUGGUUUUAUAAUUCUGUCAUUGUUACGUGAAACAUUACACCAGGUCAUUUCUUCUUCUCAUUCUUCUUCAUCAUCUUCAUCUUCUUCUUCCUCUUCCUCAACAUCCAGCAAUGGACAACAAGGUUUCCCAAAUUUUGCCUCUGAAUCAAGCAACGUACAACGCUUUAAUUCCUUCGGUAAUAGACCCUCUAAUAAUUUUGAGAUGCACAGAAUGAACCAGCAACCAUCAAGUCAUCAAACCAAUGGUGUAAUAAAAUCCGAAUCCUUUACGCAAAAUUUUGGGCAAGCGUUUGCUCAUCCUGGAGGGGCGUCACAUAUAUCACCACCAAAGACAUUUCAAAAUAGUCCCAAUAGCCAGCCAAUGAUGCAACGUCUUCAAGGACACCAAUUCGGACCUCAAAACAAUCCACAAAGCCAACAGAUGACGGGAGAACGUACGGAUCAGCUCAGACAAAACGUUCAUCACGGACAGCAUUGGGUCCAAACAGCUUCCGAACAACAAGUAAUUAAUAAACAACAUCCAGAUCAACUCAUGAAUAUACAACACCCUGGACAAAUAAUGAAUAACCAACACCCAGAACAACUAAUGCAAGAGCCUCAUCACCGACAGUUUGUGCAUAAUCAACACCCGGGACAACAAAGGAGAGGGAGUCAUUCAGGACAACAAUUAUUGAGUGAACAACAUCCAGCGCAGCAUCUAUUAAAUGAACAACAUCCAGGACAACAGCUAUUAAAUGAACAACAUCCAGGGCAGCAUACAUUCCAAAAUAUGCACCAAGGACAAUUAAAGAAUCAUCAACGGUCAGGUCCACCACCAAACAAUAAUCAAGAGCAACAAUUAAGGACGCAUAAUUUUGGACAACAAAUAGACGCGAACGGACAACAAAGACGACAAACAUGGUUUCAUAACUCAGGACAACAGCCACCACAUGAGUCAGUCAUGCAGCAAAUGGGAAACAACUUUCAAAAUAAUCAGUUGCCAAACAGUCAUCAAUGGAAUCAAUGGCAACAAAAUAACAAUGGUGACUCUGGUCAAAACCCAGGCCAUGGACAGCGAGGUAUAACACAAGGUCACCAAGAACAACAAUCGUUCAAUAAUCAUCAGACAAUGAAAGAUCAGAAUAAACUUCCCAGUCUUCAAGGGCCUCAUUUUAUUCAGAAACAACAGCAAAUUGGCCCAGAGGUUAAUAAUGAUGGACAUCACCGUUUUGAAAAUUUGCAUACAGCACAAGGUCAUUCAUUUAGUACGAAUAGUUUCGGAGAUGCUCAGCAUCUUCAAAAUACUCCCCAACAGUUUGUAAAAUCUGCAUCUUCAGUUAGUACAAGCAAUAUUGGUCCGAACGAAGCGAAUUCUUUUUUCAAAAUGCCACAGUUUGAUAGAUCUUUAUUUCCAAGAAAUUUUAUUAUUCCUGAGAGGCGCAGGACAAAUGCCGAGAGCAUGUUUCCCUCCAUGAACAACAUGAACAUACCCAGACCUCACGAGACGUUUGGACCUGAAAGAUCUCAAAUCUCAGUAGCUCCAGAGCACCAGUCACAAAACAGAGAAAGAAUAUCCCAAACUUCCUCCGGUAAUCUAUUUGGUUUCGAACCUACAGAUAGGGCUCAGUUUGGACAGGGCUUUUUCAAACCAGAUCUGAUACAAAACAUGACAUCUCAAACUGAUGUGCCUUUUGGAAACUGGAACUCUCAAAGAUGGUCAAGUAAUCCAAGAGACGUUUCGUUUAACAUUGAUCUGAAGCUAGCCACAUGUACCGAGGAAUAUCAGAAGCUUCCAAACCACACAAUGUGCCUAGCAGACAAAGCCAACCUGAAUGUAUCCGGUGUGUCAGAUUCAGAUCAAGCAGAAAUUGUAAGACUGCACAAUGAAUUUCGAGGAACUGUGAUGCCGGAGGCCUCUGACAUUUUUACGAUGAAGUGGGACGACAGACUUGCUAUAGUAGCUCAGAAAUGGGCAAAUCAGUGUAGUAGACACCACGACAGGAUGAGGACUGUGCCGUCACUUGGAAAGCACACCCUCAUUGGACAAAACCUGGCCGGAGGGUUUUCUAACUGGUCGUCAGUGAUAAAGGAAUGGUGGACGGAAAAUGUCAUUUGGCGGUAUGGCAUCGAGCCCAGUACCUACAUCCCAGAGACGAGUGAUGUAGCCGAAACAAUUGGACAUUAUAUUCAAAUGACGUAUAAUGCAACCUAUCUUGUGGGUUGUGGAUUUGCAUAUUGUGACGAAAGCCAAUUCGAAAAGUAUUAUGUUUGCAAUUACGCACCAGGUUUGCGAAGUUAUACUCACCCAUUCACGGUUGGAGAACGUUGCCAGGCGUGUCCUCAUUGGUGUCGAGAUGGAAAAUGUGAUUGUGGUGGAAGGGUGUGCAACAAUGGAGGAACUCUGAGCAUGAGGACUUGUCAAUGUGAGUGCGGACCACUGUACGCCGGACCAAGCUGCGAUAUCUUGAGGUGUCCAUUCCACGACCACCCAGACUGUGGAGUGAAGUACCAGAAGGACCACUGUGUUGUUCUCCCGGAGGUCAAUCAGGACUGUCCAUAUAUGUGCGACAGGUGCGCGCAAGGACAUGUUCUGUGUGGCGGACGUAUAUGCUUCAACGGUGGUGUGCUUAAGGAAACCACGUGUCAAUGCUCCUGUUCUCCCCCAUUUGCGGGGGAGACAUGUGAAGCGAAUUGUGGAGACCCUGAUGACGCAGAAUGCCAACGAUGGCCAGAUGUUUUCUGUCACUGGAAUUAUCAGAUUCAGAAACAAUGUCCACAUAGGUGCAAAUUGUGUCCUACGCAAUAAAAGAAAACCAUGUGAAAAAAAUGUUAAAAAUUCUUCGUUAAUGAAUGAAAAUUAUAAAGAAAAGUAGUUUCCCUUUGGCUAACUAAAUAUUGAAAUCGUAACGGUGUAAGUUUUCCAAUUUAUACAGUUUUAUAAUAAAAGUCAAUCCAGUUAAAACCAGAUAUAUAAUUAAAGGAAAACGAUUAAACAGUUUAAAUGAAUUGAUUGAUAUAAUUUUAUUUGAAAUACAUUUUUGAUAAUUUAAACUGUUCAUAUAACCGAUUU